GCUUGAUGAAACAGUCAGCCAGCAUUCAAAACUUGGUUGCUGCCUGUUCUGCAGCAACCGAAGAAAAUGAGAACAAUCGACUUCAAUGUCAGUUUGCAACGCCAAAGCUAUGGAGUAGAGACCAAGGCCGACCACUCUCACCCGACGCAGUCCAACACAGUCGUCCUCGCAGCCCCGCUCAACAAGGGGAAAAUGCUACUUUCACACUCACAUACACACAACUUCAUCGCACUGCCUUGAAGGUUGCCACGGGUCUACUCGCGGUUGGUGUCCAACCAAACACAAAUAUGAUCAUGCUCAUCCCAAACGGUGCUGAGUAUGCUAUUCUGCUUUGGGCCUGCAUACUGUUGCGCAUCACCUAUGUGAACCUUGAUCCAGGCCUCCUGGACAUCUCCGGCUUCACAUUACUCAAGCAGACAAUCCAAAUGAUAAGGCCUCAGCUGGUUGUAGCGCCCGACUCAUACAGUGGAAAGGCUGUCGAUGUAGCCAUAUCAGAACUUGGACUCCCCGUGCCGGUACGAAUUUGUCUAGCAGAUUCAGCUGGUCUAUCUACAGGAUGGAAAAACAUCGUUGCGGUGGCCAUGCAUGCGAGUUCCCAGGGCUUUUCGGACCAUGCAUCGAUUGUUUCGGGAGCGCGACGCCAUGAUAUGAAUCGCAUCAAUUCAAUCAUGUUUACGUCAGGCACAUCGGGUAUUCCAAAGGGAUGUCCGCAGAGUGUGACUGCCAUUUCGCAUGCUCUACACUCGCAAGAAUGGCUCAUUGAUUCGGAUUCUGGAGCGGCCCAAUAUGCACUCAUGCAGCCACACAACUCGCGGGGCAUCGCGCCGGCACAAACUCUCCAAACCUGGCGGGCAGGUGGUGCAGUAGUCCUUACAGGACAGUCUUUCAGCGUGCAGGAUGCGAUCAAGGCCAUAGACCAAGUUGGCGCGAGCUUCCUUGUGCUGACCCCACCAAUGGUGCACGAAUUUGCCAUUGCGCUUGCCACACUUUCUCUCGACCUGUCGUGUGUGAAAAGAAUUCAGAUCGGCGGUGAUGCAGUUACAAAAGAAGUCCUGGUCAAGUGCGCAGCACUGUUCCCACAGGCGCAAGUAUGCGUGAACCAGGGCAUGACCGAAGGGCCCGGUGUAUUUACUUGGCCAUUCCUUGACACUCAUCCAAAGGAUAUCCCGUUUCUUGGAGGUCAAAUUUGUCCAGUUGGCGUGGUGGCUUCCGGUGCGAAGAUACGACUCCGUUCCAUCAAGGGUGAUGCUGUGGUAAAACGAGGCGAACUUGGAGAGCUUCACAUUUCCUGUCCCAGCAUUAUUAGAUCUUAUCUCGGAGGUUACUCCGAAGACGUAUUUUACAACGACAAGAAAGGGAGGUGGUUCAAUACCUGUGAUAUGGCAAUGAUUGCCGACAAUGGACUGGUAUUCAUCGUGGGUAGACGGAAGGAUAUGAUCCAGCGCGCAGGCAUCACAAUAGCACCCGCUGUUAUUGAGAGUUGCAUUGCCAAUUUUACUCAGUCUCAGGCCGUUGUGGUGCCAGUGCCCCACCCAGUUUUAGGUACCGAGCCGAUUGCGGUGGUCCCGUCUUUCAAAAACACUACUGCGGAACAAAUCAAACAGCAUGUAAGAACAGCCCUGGGAGAAGACUAUGUCCUUGGAGGGGUCGUGUGUCUCAAGCAAUUGGAAUUUGUUGACUUUCCAGUCAACGCGACGCACAAGAUCGUCAAGUCUGACCUGCAAGAUGCUGUCUUGAGAUACUUGAAAUAAAGCGAGACUA